AUGAGCCUUACCGGCGCGGGCGUUAUCGCCUCCGUCGUGGGCAUUUUGGGUGGGUUGUCGCUGUCUUGCGGUGGCUGGUCAUCGCUUUCCCUCGGCGCCCGUUCCCUCUUCGUAACAACGCAGUUCGUGUCAGCCUUUGCCAUGGGCUUUGUCGUUGCCUUUUCUGCCAUCGUUUCCCUCACUGAUACAAAUGAAUGGGUUGCCGUUGCUGCUGGUGGUGGAGCCGGUUUCCUUGUCUCCCUUAUCGUGGGCUUUGUGACACUUUUUGGACCGUACAUUCUCAUCCUUAUCACAGGUGGCGUUAUCGCCUCGUACCUUUUACUCUUUGAUGCCUUUAAUGGUAUUACUGUCUUCCCGGAAGACAAUCAACUUGCUCGACAGGAAUUUGUCAUUGCAUUUAUGAUUAUUUUUGAGCUCGUGUGUUGCUCCAAUUCCAAGACGAUUGAGUUGGAAAAUCAUCGCUUUAAAUACGUCGUCUUCUCAUCCAUUACCGGUGGUUGGAUGGCAGCAGAUGGUAUCUCCCGUUUCAUCGACUCAGCUGCAGUACUGUCCAAUGUUGCCUACCUAUCUAUUCAAGAAGGUGGUAAGGCCGCUUUAAAAGGCAUGGAUGCAGGCUCUCAGACGCUCAUGUUUGUAAUUUGGGCCAUUGUCGUCGUGAUUGGCGGACUCAACCAGCUCUCUAUGCGCUGGGGACUCAUGUGUUAUAACCGCGUCGGCGCACACGCACAGCUUGGUCCCGUCGAGGAACAGAUGCCGGAGCUACCGACGGGCGCGACGCUUCCUGCUCAAGUCAUGACCGAACGCGUUCGUCUUGUAUGUGAAAAUUGUUUCGCAACGGUGCCCAGUGGUACUGCAUUUUGUACUGAGUGUGGUGAGGCCAUGCCUUCGGACGAUGUAAACCCUGACGUCAGCAUCUCGCAGGCGCAGAUGCCGUCAGUCUCAAUGAACAACAAGAGUCAAGCGCCUGAUCGCUGGCAGCAAGUUCCACACCGGACGUUCCUUAGCACGACGUCUUUUGUUGACCCCAAGCACGCGAAAGAAGGUGGUGUCAGCAUGAAGGACAAUGGUCGAAGCAUCCGUUUUAUGGAUUCCGGCGUGCAAGGCCCUGACGGCAAGAUGAGCCAGUACAAUGAUUCCAUUGCUGGUGUUCGCAACUAUUACGAGCCUUCGUUUCGAUCGUUUGCUAUGUCGACGUACUCUAUUGCAAAUCGCGCUGCUGAGCCCGUUGAAACACCCAAUAUUCGCAAGUACAAGAUGUCGGGCAGUGGUAUGUUCCACGUUUUCUACUUCGGCACGGCUUGCACUGGUAUUGUCUGGCUGUACUACUUGACAACAAUGUACCCACAGCAAUACUUUUGCGACCACGCUCGUCCUACGCUGCCUUGCAGUGCGUUGCCCGUCAGUGAGACCGGAGGCUGCUUCAGUUCAACGGUGAACUUUGACGCCAAUUCUGGUGAUGGAUACUGCAUUAGGAACGUGCCGUUCAUGUCAUGGAUCAUGUACGCAAUGAUGAUCUUUAGUGAGUUUCUCAAUUUCUUCCUGGGACUGCUUUUCAAUUUCAGUAUGUGGCGCCCGAUUCGUCGCGGUGCUCGGUACAUGAACGACUUUAAGCCGCCAAUUCCGAAAGAGCAGUGGCCUACGGUCGACAUUUUCUUGUGUCAUUACAUGGAACCUGUUACGGAUUCAAUGCAGACACUGAAGAAUUGUUUGGCAAUGCAAUAUCCCCCGGAGCUGCUUCACAUUUUUGUUCUUGAUGAUGGUUACACCAAGUCUGUGUGGGAUGCAAACAACCACUUCAAGGUAACGGUGAACACGAAGGUGAUUGAGAUCUGUGGUGAUUUACGCGGCGAUCUCGCACGUCUCAUGCACGAGCGUAUUGUCGGUCCUGUGCAGGACGACCAGAGCUUGAAGACGUGGCGUCGCCAGCACAGUUCUGUUCGUGAACUCCGCAAGGAGGGAGGCAAGGGUGUGCAGCGUCGUGACUGUGCUGUCGGUUCGCUUUCGGAUGACUACGAUUACCGAGACCGCGGUAUUCCGCGUGUUACUUUCAUUGGUCGCAUGAAGCCCGAAACACAUCACUCCAAGGCUGGUAACAUUAACAACGCUUUGUUUAACGAAGGUGCUGAUGGCAAGUAUCUGUUGAUUCUGGAUAACGAUAUGAAGCCGCAUCCAAAGUUUCUGCUUGCCGUGCUGCCGUUCUUCUUUUCGGAGGGCGAGGCUGUUGACGGCGGAGGCCGCCAAUACAGCGAUGACAUUUCCUGGAACCAGGUUGCAUAUGUGCAGACUCCCCAGUACUUUGAAGACACGCCGCAACUGACGAUCAUGGGCGAUCCAUGUGGUCACAAGAAUACUAUUUUCUUUGACGCCGUACAGUGUGGUCGUGAUGGAUUUGACUCGGCAGCUUUUGCCGGUACAAACGCUGUUUUCCGUCGCCAGGCCUUUGACUCGAUCGGUGGCAUUCAGUAUGGUACCCAGACGGAAGAUGCUUUCACGGGUAAUGUGCUGCAUACUUCUGGUUGGGAUUCGGUGUACUUUCGCAAAGAUUUCGAAGGUGAUGCCAAGGAUCGCAUUCGUCUGUGUGAAGGUGCGGUGCCUGAAACGGUGGCUGCUGCCAUGGGCCAAAAGAAGCGUUGGGCUAAGGGUGCUGUGCAGAUUUUGCUGAUGAAGAAUGAAAGUGAGGUUGACCCGGACUGGCGCCCGCCACGCGUGCCUGCCCCGGACCCAAAGCCAUCUUUAACGUUUCCACGUAAGAUGUUCUUCUACGAUUCGGUGCUGUACCCGUUCGGCUCAAUCCCUGCCUUGUGUUACGUGUCGAUCGCUGUCUACUACUUGUGCACGGGUGACGCUCCGAUCUACGCUCGUGGUACCAAGUUCCUGUACUCUUUCUUACCCGUGACGUUCUGCCGUUGGGUGCUGAAUCUACUGGCUAAUCGCGCUGUCGACAAUAAUGACGUGUGGCGCGCGCAACAGACAUGGUUCUCCUUCUCGUUCAUCACGAUGAUGGCUAUCUUUGAAGCCGUUCAGGCGCGAUUGACGGGCAAGGACAAGUCGUGGGCAAACACGGGUGCCGGUCAGAAGACAUCGUGGACAGAAAUUCCGAACGUGCUGUUCUUUUUUACACUGCUGUUCAGUCAGCUGGUGGCGCUCAUUCGCUUUUUUGAGUAUGAGAACGCGACGAAUCCAUGGAAUUACGUGUCUUCCAUGUUCUUUGGCUUCUUCGUCAUGAGCCAGUUUUACCCCAUGGUUAAGAUGAGUAUCACGGAGUACUGUGGCUGGGAUCACACUGCCGCUACAUUUACGGCGAAUGUGUUUGGCUCGCUGCUAGUGGUCUACAUUGUGGUGUUCGUGCAGCUAUGGCAGGUCUACUACGCAGGCAACCUUCAGGUGGCCCAGGGCACAGAACCAGGAGGAGGAUCUGAUGCGUCUUAG